UGUAUAGUUCUCUCCAGAUCCUUGUUGUCUGCUACUCAUGUACCAGGAUGUCAGGAUGCUCUCAAUGGUGUAGCGGUAGUAGGACACCAGCGGAUACUGUGAUAAAGUAUGAUCGUUGCUGUGCCUUUUUCACCGGCGUAUUUGAUUUUUGCAGUCCAUUUAAGAUCCUCUGUGAUGUGGGUGCCCAACAAUUUGAAGCUCUUCACCCCCUCCUAUUUGUCUUUGAUGCACUGUGGUGUACGUCGUGUUGUCAUUUGUGGAGAUUGAGAAAUUGGUGCCUUGAUAUAAGAGUGUCUUGACUUCAGAAUUUUUCGAGAUAUAAACCGUCGUUAGGCCGAUUUAAAUUUCUUUGCUUUGCCUUGCACGCACAAGCUUGAGAUUCGAGUCAGUAAACAACUCACUUCACAACACAGAGGACUAAUGAAAAAUUCUUCAAAAUGGAGGCUUCAAGCUGUUUAUUGACAAACUAAAUGUAAAACAAAGCAUUACGCAUCUUUAAAAACAACCACACAGCUUUGUCCGCUCGCUUAAUGCUGAUUUAAUGCGCAAUGCAAACUCCAUUGACUAAUGCUAAUGGUAGUGCUAAAUACUAUAGCAUCUAUGUUGCGGUGUUACAACCCUUCAAACAACUAUUUGAACACAUGGAGACAGUCAAGGGGUGCACAUAAGUGGUGCGCCUGUGCACAGAAAAUAUUAAGUGUGCACCCAAUUUGAUUGUAUCAGUGCAUUUAGUUGAGUCCUUGUAAGAAUUGUGCCCCUUACUCAUCUGCGGUGCACAUAGCAGCCCUUCACCUCUUUUGUUAGUUUGAUUUUUGACUGUGUUGGUUGUGUGAACAGAAAUAAUUAUAUACGUUUGAUAUUUUUUUUAAUUGUAUAAAUCAUUUUAGCGAUUGGUGCUGUUUAUUUUUUUUCUUGGCUUGAGCACCUGCUAAGUUAUAUUUUCCUUAUCCUCUGUGAAGAACAACUAAUAUUAAUAGCGUAUUGAGGAGCUCACACGUCCAUGUCGACGACAGUACUGUACAGCUACAUCUGUUUGUCUGGCUUGUACUGCCCGUAGAUGCCUGAGGCAGGUUUACCAGAGCAGCAGCGCAAUGGCCAAACAAUUGAGCGGGAGUGAGACAAAAAUGGUUCAUUUCUUUGUAAUUACUGUAGAUAUAAUUUAUUACUUUGGGUGGGGGGGGUGGCUGAAGAACGUUAUUGGCAUUUGCAUGUAAUUCAGUGGGGAAAGCGCUUUUGAAAUACAAGUGUUUUGAGUUACGGGCUUUGUCAAGUAGUGAAUUAAACUUGUAUUUCAAGGCAUCAGUGUAUCUGUUAUUUAUAGUAGGUGGAAAAGUAAAAAGUUGUCAAAAAAAUAAAUACUCUAGCGAAGUACGGAAUGAAACCUGAAUCUAUUUCGGACAGUGAUGAAGCAUUUGUACUUCGUUACUCCUCACAACCAGUGACAAAGCAAUACUUUUAUGACAGACGUAGCAGGCUCUAAAAACAAAAAGCACUUUGCAGGUAGUGUCCUUUGGACCCCUCCUCCAUUGAGCCCACACCCUCCCCCGCUGCCUCUCACCGAUCUCACCUUACAGCCGCCCUACUGACACAUGACACUGCACGCUGACAUGGAACCAGCGUACCGGGGUCUGGGUCGCUGUGUCUGUUGUUUCUGGCUCGCCGUGGCCUUCGACAUCGUAGGACUGCUCGUCCUUCUCAUCGGGGUGUUCGUCAACGUAUUUUUCUACGACCUGCUCAUCUACGCCGGUGCCAUUGUCAUCUUCCUCAGCCUCGUGUGGUGGGUGUUUUGGUACUCCGGCAAUAUCGAGGUGCUCUCCGUGGAACUUGAGGAUGACGUGGGCCUGGUGAAGAAGGACAAGGGCGCUCUGGGUGGCAUCGGCGGGGCGGUCCGGCGCCUGUCCAACCGCGUGUCCAGCGGCAUCAGGAAUUCGUUGCGCAGGAACGGAGGCGCGGCACCCGGCAGCCGGCAGGGAGGCGCGCAGAGGUCUUCUGCGGAUCAGACUGUGGGCCCGGUGGUCGUUGCCAUGGCAACCUUGACGCCAAAUGAGCCAACUUUUCAGACUUGUGCCUCUUCGGUGGAGUGCUAUGAUGCGGAGAUGCCUCCCACAGCAACAGAGACCUCCCCUACAUAAUGGAAGACCAGUGAGACUCUUGUGCAUUAAAUGCUGGCCCAAGGAGCGCCUGCAUGUGCUUUCUUCAACUUAGCUCAUUGAGUUUUGUUUGGAUUACAACAUCUGUGUUGAAUCAAGAAACUGGAAAGCUGGAUAUUCAUGUACAAUUGUAGUUAUAAUGAUCAUGAAUGAUUUCUAUUUUCAAUAAACAUGUAUUUACAGUACCUUGGAAACAUGAAUUUAGUAUGAUUGCGAGUUACCACCAAGCUUUCAGCCUUGAAGCCCCUCUUCCUUGGAUCUCACUCCCUUAAACAAUCUAAAAUAUUGACGCUCACAAUUUUUAGAUUUGCAUGCUCCAUCUGACUCUAGUAACCAAUACAGCAUGGUGGAUGACUAGUUUGCCUCACAAGUCUGAGGACCCGGUUUCAAAUCCGGCCUCACCUGUAUGGAGUUUGCAUGACGUGCUAAAUUGCACCUAAAUAAAAUUUUGUCUUUGAUUUGA